AUUUUGGGAAUUAGAAGAAAUUCCAGAAACCAAAUUCAUGUCCUCCUCAGAAGCUGAAGUCGAGCAACAUUUUCUAGACAACGUAUACCGUAACGAAACAGGCAGAUACGUAGUAAGAUUACCCUUUAAUGAUAAAAGGGACAAGCUCGGGAUCACAUACAACAUUGCGCGCCGACAAUUCUUCGCGUUAGAACGUCGAUUCGCUAAACAUCCAGAAAUAAAGCUUCCGUACGUCAACUCGAUGAAAGAGUAUAUAGAUUUAAGACACAUGUCGAAAGUUCGAAAUCCUGAUACGCGAGACAAUUACAUGCCACAUCAUGCAGUAGUCAAGUUAGACAGUACGACUACUCAAUAUAGACCUGUUUUCAACGCAUCCGUUACUCCAGAAGAUGAGGAGGACGAAUACGGUCAAAUCGGUGACCAGAAUAAAUCGGAAAGGGUCACAUUCAAUCAAACUUUAAUGACGGGACCGACAAUACAAAAUGACAUUUUUGAAAUUUUAAUUCGUUUCCGUAUUCAUCAAUUCGCGUUAAUAGCCGACAUAGAAAAAAUGUAUCGGCAAGUGCUAGUUCACGAAGACGAUAGAAAAUACCAACAAAUUUUUUGGCGAGAAGAUCCGAACGAACCUUUAGAAGUGUAUCAACUCAACACGUUAACUUUUGGCACGAGCUGUGCACCGUUUUUAGCUAUUCGCACGUUACAUAAACUUGCAGAUGACGAGAAACACAAUUAUCCUACGGCAGCCGACGUAGUGAAACGCGAUUUUUACGUAGAUGACCUAUUAACAGGUAGUGAUACUUUAGAAAACGCCGGAAGGUUACGUGAUGAAUUAAAUUCUUUGUUAAAAUCAGGCGGUUUCAAUUUGCGAAAAUGGGCUUCAAAUGAUAACCGACUGAUUGAACCGUUGUCUAACGACUUAGCAAACGUCCAUUUAUUCUCAGAUCCAGAAAAGGCAGUCAAAACAUUAGGGAUUAAAUGGAAUUCGCAAUUAGACGAAUUAUCUUAUUCGUUAAAGGCCGAACUCAGUGCUCAGGAGAAAACUACAAAACGAACAAUUCUGUCAAACAUCGCGCAGUUAUUCGAUCCGAUAGGGUUGUUAGGCCCAAUAAUAGUCAAAGCUAAACUUAUUAUGCAAGCUUUGUGGAAAGCAAAAGUGGACUGGGACGAAACCCUCCCACUCAAUAUUCAUACCGCGUGGUUAGAUUACAAAAAACAGUUACCACUUUUAUCGAAUAUUUCUUUCGAAAGAUGUAUUGUAAUCCCAGAGUCAGUGAAUAGACAGUUACACGGUUUCUGCGACGCCAGCGAGGUCGCGUACGGCGCCUGCAUCUACAUCCGAUCUACAGAUAAACAUGCUGUACUUUUAGCUAAGCUAUAUAAAACCGUGUCGAGAGUUCUACCUAUUAAUUUCGAUAAUGUUUACUUCUGGUCUGAUUCAACUAUCACCCUCAAUUGGAUAAACACUCAGCCACAUAUUUUAAAAACGUUCGUAGCAAAUAGAGUCUCGCAAAUAAGAACUAUCACCAACGAAUCUCAAUGGCAUCAUGUACCAACACGGGAUAACCCUGCAGACGCAGUAUCCAGAGGACAAUCAGUAUCAGAAUUCAUUGAUAAUUUUACGUGGAGGAACGGCCCUGACUGGUUGAACCAUCCCCAGGACAAGUGGCCGAUUGCACCGAUUCAAAAAUUGCCACUGCUUGAAGUGCGCAAAAUCACAGUUUUAAAAACAACGCUAACAGACAAUUCGCUGUUAUCGAGAUUCUCGUCAAUUACUAGACUAAUACGGGUUAUAGCACACUGUUUACGUUUCGCAAUUAAUUGUAGCGAAAAACCCAAAAGAUUAGGGCACCUCAGUGCAAAUGAAAUUCAAGAGGCAAAAAUUCGAAUCAUCAAAUUGAUCCAGAAUCAAGCGUUCGCGAAAGAAAUUCACGAUUUAACAAAAAUUCAGAAGGUCGACAACAAGAGCCCGCUGAAAACAUUAAACCCAUUUCUCGAUCAUAACGGCAUCCUACGAGUUGGAGGCAGAAUCGUUAAUUCUCACCUAGCAUAUGAUAGCAAGCAUCCAAUACUGUUGCCAAAAAAGAGUCACGUCACGGAUCUGAUUAUCAAGCACGAACACGAGAUCUCGUUACAUGCAGGAAUUCAGAACACGCUGUACCAAGUUCGUACACAGAACCCAACUCCGCAACAUAUUAUGGGUAACUUGCCUAAAAAUCGUCUCAUUCAAUCCAGACCAUUCAUAAACACAGGGAUCGAUUAUUGUGGUCCAUUUAUGAUUAAAGAGAAAAAGUUUCGCAACCGCAAUAAAAUCAAGGCCUACGUAGCAGUUUAUGUUUGCUUUGCAACCAAAGCUGUUCAUUUGGAAGCUGUCAGUGAUUUAACAACUGACACAUUUCUAGGUAGUUUGCGACGUUUUUUCGCUAGACGAGGCAAGAGUAAAAACAUUUAUACUGAUAACGGCACCAAUUUUGUCGGUGCCAAUAAUGAAUUAAAACGAUUAUAUGAGUUCAUCCGAUCUGAGGAAUUCAACAACUCAAUUUCAAACAAGCUGGCUAAUGAGUCAAUCACAUGGCAUUUUAUUCCACCUAGAUCUCCACACUUUGGUGGAUUGUGGGAAUCAGUAGUGAAGUCAUUCAAAAAUCAUUUCCUCCGCAAGGCAGGAGAUACUUUAUUAACAUUUGAGGAAUUUAGUACGCAUGUAUGUGAAAUCGAGGCUAUUCUUAACUCGCGUCCGUUAACACCCGUUUCCACCGAUCCAAAUGACCUAAUAGCCCUCACUCCUGCACAUUUCUUGAUCAACGAUUCAUUAAUGAGCAUACCAGACGUAGAUUUCUCCGAUACUCCGGCAAACAGGCUGUCCAUCUGGGAGCAGAUGCAGAAAUCAAGACAGCAUUUCUGGCAGAGAUGGCACAAGGAAUAUCUCAAUGAACUGAUCCGCAGAAGCAAAUGGUCAUCGCCGAAAUCCGACCCAAUCACCGUAGGAGCCAUGGUGCUCUUACAAGAAGAAAAUGUUCCUCCAUUGCAAUGGCCUCUCGGACGCAUUGUUGAAAUUCAUCCUGGCGACGACGGAGUUGUACGCGUUGUUAGCGUAAAAACAGCAAAUGGAGUUUUCAAACGAACUGUUAAGAAGAUCGCAGUGUUACCAAUCGAGCAAACUGAUGGUUCAACCCUCGAUAUAUGUAAUUGA